UUGAUCUUUCUAUAUAUACACAUAACAUUACCGAUUCUUUCCAUAUCAUCAACCAACACACAAGCAUUAUUCCAGUAACUUGAAUCUUUUUCAUACAUCUUCAAAGGCUUCAAAAGGAUUCAGACUUUCAUAAAAAAAGAGAAACAAGAAAUGGCUUUCGUAAGAAAUCUAUUGGGUGCCAAGAAGAUUCUUGGAGCCACAACAAGCAAAAGGGCGACCUCAUCGGCACCAAAAGGGUUUCUUGCGGUGUAUGUAGGAGAGAGCCAGAAGAAGAGAUUUGUGGUGCCAAUCUCAUACUUGAGCCAACCUUCGUUUCAAGCUCUUCUGAGCAAAUCUGAAGAAGAAUUUGGGUUCGCUCAUCCAAUGGGUGGCUUAACAAUCCCUUGUCCUGAAGAUACUUUCAUCAACGUGACUUCUCGGCUUCAGUGAUGAUUAUUCUUCGAGUUAGAGAUAGAUUUUGUUCCUUGUAGAUAGAGGAUAGCAAUUUUAUGCUAUGUACACAACAUACAACAUGAUUCAUGUUAAUAUAAAUUUAAUUUUAUAAUGAA